UCAUAGCUGCUUCUUGCACGGUACCGUGUCUAACGAAACGCGAAAAUGCUCCUCCUCAUGUGACCAGGAAACAGUCAUCAGGAUUUCGAACGCUUCUUGCCUUCAUAAGAAUGAAAAACGUGCUCGUCAGUCUGACUGGCUGCAGCACUUGCAACUGAUUGGAGCGCACAGCUUUAUCUUCGAACCGAAGCGUCGGCGACAUGAGCGCGGGUCUCAAGCCGAGCAAAAGCACCGUGUACGUGAGCAAUUUGCCGUUCAAGCUCACAAACAAUGACCUGCACCAGAUCUUCGAGAAGUAUGGCAAGGUUGCCAAGGUGACUGUCAUGAAGGACAAGCAAACGUGGAAGAGCAAGGGAGUCGCGUUUGUGCUCUUUAUGGAUCCCGAAUCGGCCACCAAAUGCGCAUCUGCACUAAACAACCAGCCGUUAAUGGGACGCACGCUGCGUGCAAGCAUCGCAAAGUACAACGGCCGAGCACCCGAAUUCAUCCGUCGUAAAGAAUACAAGGACAAAUCGAGGUGCUUCGAGUGUGGCGAAGAGGGCCAUCUCAGUUACCGCUGUCCUCGGAAUUCAUUUGGCGAACGAGAGGCACCGGAAAAAAAGAGGAAGAGGAGGAAGGGGCAGGCGCCCAAGGAGCAAGAAGCAGAGGCCACCGAGAGUGAAAACGAAGAAGACCCUGCCUUGGAGUCGCUUCGCGCAGCAAUCAAGUACGAGCAACAACAACGGGAGCGAGAGUCUGGAAGUGGUCAACAGUCUGGCGGCCAGAACUCGUCUUCUGGAAGCCGUCGUCGAAUACGCAAGAGUGCUUACUUCAGCGAUGAAGAGGAGUCAGAUGAGGGCAACGGGUGACUCAGUAACUUAGCUCAUCCCCGACGUUUUCAUGCACCACAUCCCGUGUUUUGUACAAACCUGAUUUCCUUCACAUCUCAUUUAUUGUCACUUGCUGAAGUGUGACCUUCAUCUUGAUUCAACUUGAGAAGAUUAAAUUGCUUAAAAUAUUUGUUGUACACAUGUGCGUUUGUUGUCAGCCAACAUUCAAGUUGAGAAUGAAAUUUGAGAGCUGAAGAAGCCAGCAAGAACUUAGAAUUGGCUGUAACUAUAUAAUUGCUGCUGCCUUCUGUUGCUGAUGGAAAAUAGCACUGAAAGUUUAGCAUAACCAUUUUUUUGCACAUUAAAGAAAUUGAGAUGUUUUCUUACAGUAUGUGCACUAUAUUCACCGCUUUGUUAAUACACAUAUAAUGUCCCUUUUCUUGUGCAGUUUCUUAGUGCCAGUCACAUAGCCUUAGCAAUGUCACGGCACUCUACCCGUGCGUCAUUCUUUUGCUGCUUGUUACAAAGAAUUUUACUUUUAAGAAGGCAUUUUGCUGUCUUGUUGCUGCUGUGUAAAUAACAUUUAUAGUAUGUGCAAUUUAAUGUUGUGCAUCAACCUUUGGAAAGUGAGAAGCUGAUCCUUAUCAUCCUAUGCCCACACACUACACAACUUUUCGAUCACCAAAACCCGAACCUCCUUAAGAUGCAUUGGCACGACGCUCUGGCUAGCUUGCAACUUGAAGGCCAAGUUCGGGCCAUCCAGCAGUCCCGAGAUGCGGCGGAAAGGCUAAACCCUACCGCUAUGACCUAGGUGUCUUAGGCGCCGCCGCUGAUCUGCAGGUUUUCAUAUAAGUUUUGUUCAUCCAUCCAUUCAUCCAACCUUUGGGCAUGUGCAUGAGAUUCAUGUUCAAUAAUAAAUAUGUUUGCUGCCGUCA